AUGAAUUGGAAUUCGAAAAUUCUUACAGAAGUUUCAUGGGUAAAGGAACAAGGUGCUCGCGUUCAUCCCUUCUUACAGUUUUCCGUGAUCCCAGACGCCGGAAGUUGUAUUACAAGUGCAGGACGAAUUGAAGCAGGCGAAGUUUUGCUUUCUUUACCUAGAAAUGUGUUAAUUAACAAAACCACUUACUCAAGUUGUCCAUUUGCGAAACAGUUAACUUCCUUUCAGUUUCUAUCCUGGCUUAUAUGUAAAGGAAAGAGUACUGGCAUGGAUCAAUGGCCAUACUACAUCGAAGCGUUGCCGCAGGACUUUUCAUGGCAUCCGGUAAUGCUCUCUGCGGAUGAUCCUUUGUGGCCCAAUGUGCCCAAAGAUGUACAAAAGCUAAUUCUUGAAAGGAAACAAUCCUUAUUACAAGAUUACCAGAAUGUAUCAAAGUUUGAGAAGGUGGACUGGACAGUAUUUCAGUGGGCUUGGCUUUGCGUAAAUACCAGAUGUUUAUACUAUAAGAUAUCCCCAAGUUCGGUUGAUGAACAGUUAACAUUGGCACCCGUGUUUGAAUAUUUCAAUCAUUCUUUGGAUGCACAAACGGACCUACAGAGAAGUCGCACUGGUAUCUCUAUCAUAGCAAAGCGUGCUAUUGAAAAAGACGAGCAAUUAUACUUGCGCUACGGAGGCCAUGGAAAUGACCAGUUAUUCUCUGAGUAUGGGUUUUGCUUAAGUAUAAAUCCAUUCAAUCAUUUUAAUUUGGACAAUGAGUUUUCUUUUACGGAGCAGCAAGAAAAGUUUUUAGACGGCCAUUACUACUGGAACGACUAUACCUUUUCUAUGGAUGGUCCCUCGUUUCGCACAUUAGUUGCUUUGCGGGUCAUGCUUAUAUCGAAUCCUACUGAUUUAUUAGACUCUAGUUGUGAUGCCACCAGAAGGCUAUUGCAAUACAUGAAUGGGUUUUCAGACGGCAGCCGAGAACUCCCUAUGGUUCAAGAAUUAUGGAAUAAAUAUUUAAACCUUCUUUUGAAAGUCGUUGAAGAAAAGGCUGGCAAACUGGAUGAACAAAAGAGCGAGAACUAUAUGCAAAAAUGUAUUCUGCAGCUUUGGAAAGAUCGUCAGAGGUGCAUAAAGUACUUAUUGAAUAGUCCUUUAGAUUAA